UGCAUGCAGAAGACAGGGAGAGAGAGGGAGAGAGAAAAAGAAUUGAAACAGAUUCAUCAAUGAAACCGCCGCAUUGAACCUUCAGUCUAGGAUGGGAGGGAUGCAGAAAAUUCCCCCAUCAAUGCAAUCAAUGUUUCUGCCCUCUGCAAUGAUGCCCCAUUAUAUGCUUCGUCCUCAGCACCAUAGACAGCAAGGAGGGGGGAGACACAGAGAGACAAGAGACAGACAGACAGAGACAGCGCUAGCAAGAAGCCAGUGUUAAAGGCAUCAGCACAGCUGUUCCAACACAGAGAGGCAAAAAAGGGGAAAAGUUGAAGUGUGAGGAGCAACACCAGGCUCUCAUCUCCCUCCCUAUUUUUCCAAGCUGGCACAGUGUUUAGAGAGGGCGCUCAUCAUGCAGUGUUUAGCAGCAGGGGCUUAUUGAACUGCCAAAUCGCAGCAACGAAAGGUACUCUGAAGAAUCUGUUUUCAAAUCCAAGGAAGGCUCGAUUUUCAAAUCCAAGGAAGGCUGGAUCUGGACAUCUGGCAUCUGAGCAAUUAGUCUCUCUCUGUUUGUUUGUUUGUUUGUCUGUCUCUCUUUUCCUCUCCUUCUUUUUACCAAAUCCUUCUGAAGCUGGUCUUCUCCUUUCCAGUUUUUCCAGGAGAACACUGGCAGUGUUACAGCUGGGGCUCUGGUGUCCAAUCUCAUUUUAAAAUUUUCUUUGCCCUUCCUUUUCUUGCGAGAUUGUGUGGCUCUCUGGCAUUACCCUGAUGUGACUUCCUGACCCCCUCUCGCUUUGGAAUCAUGGGCAUCUUUUGGCCUUCUGUUGGAUUCCAUGUUUUCACAGUAUUGUACAUCCAGCAAGGACUUUCUUCUCAAGCCAAAUUUACUGAAUUCCCUCAGAAUGUCACAGCCACUGAGGGGCAGAAUGUGGAGAUGUCCUGUGCAUUCCAGAGUGGCUCUGCCUCAGUGUACCUGGAAAUCCAGUGGUGGUUUCUGAGGGCAACUGAGGACCAAGAAGCUGGAGCUGAGGUGAUGGAUGCUCAGGUGGAGCUAUCACCAGAGAGAGACUUGGAUAAUGAUGGAACAAAGAUAAGUACAGUGAAAGUACAGGGGAAUGAUAUUUCCCACAAGCUACAGAUCUCCAAAGUCAGGAGAAAGGAUGAAGGAUUGUAUGAGUGCAGAGUGAUGGAUGCCAAUUUUGGAGAACUUCAAGAAUACAAAGCCCAAGCUUAUCUCAAAGUGAAUGCAAACAGCCACUCCCGAAGAAUGCAGGCUUUUGAAGCUUCUCCAAUGUGGCUGCAGGAUAAACCUCGCAAGAAUAUCACAGCUGCCAUCUCUAACAACAUCCAUAAUUCUGCUAGUCAAAGUCCCACCUCUAAUCCUCCAGUAGAUGCCAAAAUCCCUAAGCAAAGCCCACAAUCAGGUGCGAGGAUAGCUACAAGCCAUGGACUUUCUGUCCUGCUUCUUGUUUGUGGCUUUGUGAAGGGUGCUUUGCUUUGAUCUAAAAAGUGCUGACUUUUUCCAAUAUCACUUUCUCUUCUUAAAGCAAAGAGAAAAUCGCCUGUAAAAUCUACGGAGCGGACAGCAAAGCUGACCCUAACUUCCAACCACCACCCUACACCCAAUGUACUCUAAUUCGCUACACAAUGGAGCACCUUCUUCAGGAAAUGCAUACAAAAUUAAUAAAUAAAACAUUAUACUUUUUUAAAAAGAGAGAGAGAGAGAGAAGAGACUAAUAUCAAGUUUCUUCCCUUCUUUUGAAUCUAUUUUUUCCCCUUUUUUCUCUCUUUUUCUUUUUUCUUUUUCCUUUUUAAGGGGAAUUGGCACACUGUAAAAAAUAUUGUUUAAUGUGGCAAUGUACAUUUUUCUGUACUUUUUCUUUUCUUGACUCAAACAAAUGAAAGUACUGAAUUCCCCUGAUUCUUCAGCUGUUAUUUAUAUUUUAUUUUUAUUUAUUUUUUCAUUUUUUGAUAUUAUCAAACUGGAUAUGAUUCUUAUCCCAGAAAGAGAUAACUCUAAGCAGAAAGAUAAUGAACUCAACUUCCCUCCUACUACAUCUGAACAUGUAGCCUCUCUAGCUCUCCAGAUGCCAACUCUACUCGGAUGGCAGCGGAGGGAAACUUCUUUGUCCUUUGGAAGAACUUCUUUCCUGGAUGGCAAAUCUUGUCAUAAAUCCAAUGCAGCUAAUAAGUACAAAAAAAUCUAUAAUGAUGGAACAUGUGCAAGAAAGUGUCAGAGCCUUUAUUGGGCUUUCUUAGUUGAUUUCUUCCUCUCAUGACUAUUGCUUUCUUUACUGUUUGAUGGUGGCAGUUACUAGCCUGGCCAACCCCUAUGGGGUACUUAAAGGUUUCUAUAAAUACAUAUAUGUGUGUGUUCUCUAUUUUGGUGGGUUUUCUUUAAUUUUGCAACUUCUGUAUCUGCAAACUUUAACUUACAUUCUGUAAACUGCUUUUGUAUGUGAUACAACCUCAAAUAGAUGUUCCUUGGAACAUUUUACAAGCCAGUUUUGAAUAUUAUCUCAAUGUGGUGCCACCAACUUGACAUCUUUUUUCUUUCACCAAAGCAUUCGUUGUAAGUUAUAAUUCAGUGCUAUGUGGCAUUUUGUAAUUUGUGCAAUCACUUUCCACUGGCCUGAGUCCUUGCUGAUGGCAAUGCUGCUAACUCUGUAAAAAUGCACAUUAAAUUUGUUAUGGUCUCUAAUAGGAAAUAUAUGAGUUGCCCAGACAUGGUGGAAUUAUUUCUGUAAUUUUAUGAAUUACAAAUACUCUGCAAAGAAAAAAAAAUGAAAGGAAGGAGGAAAAGAAGAGAGACAUAAAAAAAUGCACAUUCGUCUCUGGUUGGAUAAGUUUAAUUUUAAUUUAAUUUAAUUUAAUUUAAUUUUGUUAUUAAUAAAAAGAAGAACUUGGUAUACUGACAACUAAAUUUUCUCAAAAUAUAGGAAGUAGUCUCAUUUAUGAGGCUACACAGAAUUAUUAUAUUCUAAUUGACAUGUACCGUAUUUGAUGUUAUAAUGAGACAGCCUAUAUGAGAAUGACAUUUCAUUGUGAAAUCAGUUUUUUUAAAAGAUAUCCAAGUCUUUAUACUUCUUAACUAAAUGAGUGCCAACAGAAUGUGUAAUGACUGUACAUUAAAUGAACCUUUACUUCUGUUAAAGGGAUAUAUCAACCAAUAAGCCUCAAGGGAAAAUAACAAUUAUUCAUAAUGAGCUGUUCUUCUCUUGCCAUAAAUACAGAGAGAAAUUUUUUCUACUGUACUGACUAGCCUUUUUUGAGUCUGAAUCUCUGAUCCAAUCCACAUGUAUAGAUUUAAUUUUCACCUUACAUCAAAAAUAUUUGAUAUGAUAAUUUAGUUGUAGUGCUGGGGAUUAUUUGGUAGCAAUUCCCUUUUCUCCAUGCAGAACUAUAUGUUACCUUGGGACCUUUUGGAAGAAAAGUGGAUUUGCCAACAGUAACUUCACUUUGUGUCACCACAAUGGCAGCACAUGAGAGAUGGCCAGAGAUCCAGGAGCCUUAAUGUUCCAAAAUUAGGGCUUAAGAAAAGUUUUAUGAUUUCUUGGUUUUAUCAUUCUUUUGUGAGAGAAGCUAUUCCUUAAGAAUCAGGUAAAAGCAAAGCAUUAGAUGUGAGUAAUAGUAGAAAAUCCUAUACCCAUAACAUAUAUAUAUAUAACAUAAAAAAAUAAA